UCCUCCCGCAGAGUUCCACUAGGGACACCGCUACCGGGGUGGGCAACAAUAUGUGCGGUCCGGGUAUGAAACCUGCCCCAUGACAGAAGGUUCCUAUGGGAAUAAAUCCCCCCUAUUGGAUAGGGACUGACCCCCUUCGACUCCGGGGGGCAUUUUCAUGCCAGUCACCCCCUCACGUUCCCUAAAGGGGGCUUUGUUACCCCAUUUCCGGUAGACCCCCGCCCACCCGGUGCAUCAUGGGAGUUGUAGUUUUUUAAAGGCGCACGGCCGGAAGUGAGCCUUGGAAGCCCGGAUGCGGCGGGAGCGAAAGAAGGAGCGGGGCGGGAAUGAUGGCGGUGUUCAGGCCCGAUGAGGAGCUAGGACUGCGGGCGACUGAGAUGGAAGAAGAGGAGGGCAUGGGCCGUGGAGAGGAGCAGUCGCUGCAGCUGAACUUGGGGGACCUGGACCUCACCUCAGAUGAGUUCAUCCUGGAUGAAGUGGACAUUCACAUCCAAGCCAACCUGGAGGACUCCCUGGUUCAGGAGGCGCUGAAGACAGGCGUGGAUCUGCGGCAGUACUCCAAGCAGGUGGAACUGGAGCUGCAGCACAUUGAGCACGCCUCCAUCCGGGACUACAUCAAGGAGAGCAAGAACAUCACCUCCCUGCACAACCAGAUCACCGCCUGUGACGCCAUCCUGGAGCGCAUGGAGCAGAUGCUGAGCUCCUUCCAGUGUGACCUAAGCAGCAUCAGCUGCGAGAUCCAGACGCUACAGGAGCAGUCGGUGGCCAUGAACCUGCGGCUCAAGAACCGCCAGGCCGUGCGUAGCCAGCUCAGCCAGCUGGUGGACGAGCUUGUGGUGCCGGCCGCCAUGAUCAGCACCAUCCUGGAGGCCCCGGUGACCGAGCAGGACUUCCUGGAGCAGCUGCAUGAGCUGAACAACAAGAUGAACUACGUGAAGGAGCAGGCCUUCCGCGAGACCAUGGCCUGCACCGACGUGCACCACGUGCUGGACCGCCUGAAGGUCAAGGCUGUGACCAAGAUCCGGGAGUUCGUCCUACAGAAAAUCUACUCGUUCCGCAAACCCAUGACCAACUACCAGAUCCCCCAGAAUGCCCUGCUCAAGUACAGGUUCUUCUACCAGUUCCUGCUCGGGAACGAGCGGACGGUGGCACAGGAGCUGCGGGAGCAGUACGUGGAGACCAUGAGCAAGAUCUACCUGUCCUACUUCAAAUCCUACACCAGCCGCCUCAUGAAGAUCCAGUACGAGGAGGUGGCAGAGAAGGAUGACCUGAUGGGAGUGGAGGACACGGCCAAGAAAGGGUUUUUCUCAAAGCCGUCCCUGAAGAACCGCAACACGAUCUUCACGCUGGGGAACCGGGGCAGUGUGAUCGUGGGGGCCGAGCUGGAGGGGCCCAUCAUUGUGCCCCACGCUGCCCAGAAGAGCGACGUCCGCUACCCCUUCGAGUCGCUGUCCGCAGGCCAGCACUACGCCCUGCUGGACAACAGCUGCCGCGAGUAUCUCUUCCUCUGUGACUUCUUCCUGGUGACGGGGCCCAGCGCCCAGGAGCUCUUCAACGCGGUCAUGGGCAAGACGCUGGCCAUGUUCCUGAAACACAUGGACGCGUACGUGUGCGACUGCUACGACAGCAUCGCCGUCUUCCUCUGCAUCCACAUCGUCCUGCGCUUCCGAGCCAUCACGGCCAAGCGCAACGUCCCCGCCAUCGACAAGUGA